CGCUCUUCUAUGCUGCGGAAGAGUACGCCGCGAAGAAACGCGGUGAUAAAUAAUGGCCGCGCUAUCGCCCUCGAGUCUCUCCGCCCUCCCGGACUCGCUUCUUCUCCAGAUUCUGGCCUGGCUGCCGCCGCGCGACCGAGUGGGCGUGGCCAGAGUCUGCAAGCAGUGGCAUCGUUUGGUGCGGGACAACUCGUUGUGGCGACAUGUGGACCUCUCGUCUUGCAGGAUAUCCUCCAAGAUCUUAUGGCACCUUCUGCGGAACUAUCUCCGAGGCAGCUUGCAGACUCUGAAGCUGCGAGGAUCCCUCCUGUCCUUUCGGAAGCAAGUACUUACCUCAGCUCUGAUGCAGGCUUUGGGCAAACAAUGUCCCAAACUCCACCAGUUGAGCUUGAUGGAGACAGACCUCUGUUCACUCCAAUAUGACUGUGUGCCCUCCUCUCUUACCACCCUGGAGCUGAGAUGCUGUGAGAUCCCUUUUGUGUGGUUCCAAGUGCCAGAGACCUCCAAGAUCUCCUGCGCUUUCCCAAGAAUCCAGCAACUUGCAAUCUGGAAUGUCCCUGCUUUUUCUAACCAGCACCUAUUCCGUAUCGCCACCCAGGGCACUCUCAGAACUCUUACCCUUUCAGAAGUCUACCGUAUAACAGAUGUGGGGAUCCAGACAGUAGCACCACAUCUGAAAGACCUUGAGCACCUUGCCUUGCACCAGUGUAGCAUUGGUGAUUCAGCCAUGCACUUUGUUGGGCGCCACAUGAAGCAACUGCACCAUUUAGAUCUCAGGAGCAAUUCUUUGACAGAUGCAGGUCUUCUUUGCUUAAGUGGUUUGCCAAUCUUAGAGAGCCUUUGUUUGAGAGACUGCAGCCAACUUUCUCCAGAAACCAUUUUAAUUGUCUGCCAGUCAUUCCCCAGCCUGAAGCAUCUUGAUUUAAGCAGGAUAAACUUUGAAGACAAAAUGCUCCAAAAGAUCCAGGUGGGUUUGCCAAGCUGUGUAGUGGCAAACACCAUCUCUUGCCUAGAUUCCAGUGUAAUAUCUUAGAAGAUAGCCAAUUUUCCCCAUGCAUGUUUGAAUAAGGUCAAACGACGGCAGCACUGGGAUACAUCUCCUAAGUAGCUUUUUGUCCUUAUAGCCCGAAAUAUUUGUAGUAGACUAAAAAGGAACAGAUCAGACAAAACAAGUAUCACAUCUCAAAGGACAUUAGUUUAACUUGUGCAAAUUAUAUGGCCAGUGUUUGUACUGCAGAUAUCCUCUGCUUUUGACAUAAUUCAAGCAUGAAGAAUCCACUGUCUUCCAAAUUUUUGAUAUACCUCCCCCGCCACCAACUCCCAUCAGAUCCAGCUAGUACAGCUGGUUGUGAACUGUGAUGGAAAAUGUAUCCAAAAAUACCAGGAGAAUCCCAGGUUCUAAACUGCAGCAUAGAAAGUGAGUAGGAAAGAUUAACAAUUAAAUGAUUUUGUGUAUGGCAGGCAUAAGAAGUUAUUAGACACACACACUGCCAUUUUAAAAGCACUGAGCAAAUUUCUGAACAUCUAAAUUAGGAUACAGCCUCUGUUCUGAUAGAGUUCAUUCCUCUUCCUGAAUGACUCAGAGAGUCGAUAUCUUCUAACAAGCACAAAGUUGCAUCUACAGAACUAGUGCAUGACUAAUUUUCAAGACCACAUUUUAUUAUUUUUAAAUGCCAAUCUAUUUACCUUUACUCCACUCAAAAGCCAAAUGUGAGCCUGAGAUUGAAGAAAAAAUACAUCCUUGCACU